AUGACCAUCUUAAUCCUCAAAUUCCGACUCUACAAACCUCCGACCUGUCGAGACCUUAACCAUCUCUUCAACCCUCCGACCUACCGACUUUUCAACCCUUCAACCUUCCGACUCUUCAAACUUCCGACCUUCCAACUCUUCAACCCUCCGACCUUCCGAUUCUUCAACACUCCGAACUUCCGACUCUUGAACCCUCCGACUCUUCAACCUUAUAGGACCUUCCAACAGUUCAACCCUCCGACCAUCCGACUCUUCAACCCUCCGACCUUCCGUCUCUUCAACCUUCCGGAAUUCCGACUCUUGAACCAUCCGACCUUCCUACUCUUGAACCCUCCAACCUUCCGACUCUUCAAACCUCCGACCUUCCGACUCUUCCACCCUCCGACCUUCCGAGUCUUCAACCCCCGACCUUCCGACUCUUCAACACUCCGACCUUCUGACUCUUCAACCCCCCGACCUUCCGACUCUUCAACCCUCCGAAUCUUCAACCUUAAGACCUUCCAACAGUUCCACUCUCCGAACAUCCGACUCUUCAACCCUCCGACCUUCCAUCUCUUCAACCUUCCGAACUUCCGAUUCUUCAACCCUCCAACCUUCCGACUCUUCAACCAUCCGACCUUCCGACACUUCAACCCUCCGACCAAUUCUGACUUCAACCCUCCUUCCUUCCGACUCUUCAACCCUCCGACCUUCCGAUUGUUCAACCCUCCGACCUUCCGACUCUUAAACCGUAGGACCUUCCUACUCUUGAACCCUCCGACCUUCCUACUCUUGAACCCUCCAACCUUCCGACUCUUCAUCCCUCCGACGUUCCGACUCUUCAACCCUCCGACAUUCCGACUCUUCAACCUCGCGACCUUCCGACUCUACAAAUUCCGACCUUCCGAAUCUUCAACCUUUCGACUCUUCAACCCUCCGACCUUCCAUCUCUUCAACCUUCCGAACUUCCGAUUCUUCGACCCUCCGACCUUCCGACUCUUUAAACCUCCGACCUUUGCACUCUUCAACCCUAGGACCUUCCGAUUCUUCAACCCUCCGACCUUCUGA